CCUGGUGAAACAUUGAUGCCUCACGGACGUGGAUGGACGAGUAUUGGACAGAGGAGGUGGAAGUAAGACGUCUGUGAGACAUGGCUGUGAUGCUUUGGAGGUUGGUGCUGUGGGGCCUCGGGACUCUGCUGGUUUCAGGGACCCUGCUGGAUUCAGGGACCGUGUUGAUGGAAACAGAGACCACUCGUGACCUAACGGUGGACUUUCAGGAACUCGGAGGACAUUCAGGAGAUACGACGGUGGCGUCAGAUGAGCUUCUGUACCGACAACACGCGGCUGUGACCCGGAGGAAGAGGAGCAUCUUGUUUCCUAGUGGAGUCAAACUGUGUUCUCAAGAGACUCAGGACCAGGUCUUCCAGAACCACCUGAGCUACUUUCACCUCAGAGUGUGUCAGGAGACUGUGUGGGAGGCCUUUAAGAUCUUCUGGGACCGGCUGCCAGAGGGGAAUGAGUACCAGGACUGGGUCGGUCGCUGCAUGAAUGGCUCAGUCGGUGUCAUGGACAUGGGCAGCUUGUUCAGCCGGUCCGAGGAGCACGUCGCCCUCAUCAGGAGCAGAGUUUCCAUGGCGACGUCUUUAAACAGUGUGUCCGUCACCUCAGCUCCGCCUCCUCCCUGCAGCUCUGACGCUGGACACUCGCAGACGGACACAGGAGAAGACGUUUUCACACUCGGACCAGAGACGACUUCACUGUCAGUCCUCACUGAUGCUGACACUCUCACAGAAUCUGAAGCUGGAGACACAGCUGAGGACACAGAAGACUCUGUUACCCACAAAGAAGAGGGAACCGUUCAGGAUACGAUGAAGAAAGAGACGGUAGAAUCUGCAGAUGAUGUAAAUCCUGGUGAGGUGGUGGUGGAACCUGACCAAGAGGUGCUUCAAGAAGUCACCCCAAAGAGUGUGACAGAAGCUGCUGUUGAGGUUCUUAGUAAGACCACUGUAGUACCUGUGACAGCAGCUGUCUCUGUGGAUCACUUAGGACUGGGGGUAUCUCCAGAACUUGGUGCUGAGGACCUGUCAGAAGGCAUCAUGGUGGUGAUCCCAGAAGGUGGAGGUGCAGAAGAGGGUCCAGAAGAAGAAAUUAACGACUCUUUAGUAGACGUCAUCCUAAAUGUAAGUUCAGUGUUAGAAGAACCCACCAAGGAUUCACCUGAGCUCACCACUCACCUGAGCUCACCAACAGGACCAACUGCAGCAUUUCUUGAAGAACCUGAAGACAACGUUCAUACAUCACCAGUGGAACAUCCUUCAGAUGCUGUUGUAGAACAUAGCCGAGAUAAAACUGAAGACAACACAGAGGUACUCGCAACUGAAUUGCUCCUGAAAUUUCCAGAUUCAGAGGAGAAAGUGACACUAACGCCUGAGAUUACUUCUGAGCCUUCUGUGGUGACUUUAGAUGAUGAAAGGGAAACCGACAUCUAUGACACAAAGGAGAUAAAACCAAAUACUACAGUGGUUAAAACCUAUGAAGAUAAACCAGCUGCAACACACACUACAGACAAACCAGAGGAGGCAGCAGAAGAAGAAAAGGCCUCUGACACUGCUGCUAAAGUGGAAAAAGAAAAACUAGUUCCUGUAGAAUCUCCAGCUGAAGAACCACAGAAAGCAGAGGAGGGGACAGUUGUGUUAACAGAAGAACCAACUGAAGGUGGAGAAGAAAUACUUGUAGAACCUGAAGAUGAAGUACACAGAGUAGUGACCACAUUUAAUCACUCAGAAGAUGCUGUAAAAGAAGCAGAACCUGAAAUCAAAUCUGAUGGUGAUGUAAUUGACCUUGACUUUACGCCUGUAGAUAAAACAGAAGAAGGAGCUGGAGUUGAGAUAUUAGAGGAUAGAGAAGAAUUUGAUGUUGAAGAACCAAGAGCAGAAGUGGGUAAACCAGAGGUUACACAUGAGGUAAGACCACAGACCUUCUCAGGGUCUGUUCUUCUAGAAGACACAAGUGAACCCAUGAUAACUGCAGAACUUCCAAGAAGCUCUGUGUUUCAAGUAACUCCAGCAACCACAAUGGAGGGCCCUACGCUGGUGGAGGAUCCAGUAAGUAAGCUCCCAGAACCUGGACACGUUGAAAUAGAUGUCACCCCAGAGUCUGCGAGUGAAGCUGCAAGUGAAUCCACAGGUGUUGUGACUCACAUGUAUUCAGGGAUGACUUUAGGAUCAGAAAGCCCACAUGAGGUCACCCCAGAUCCUUAUGAAUUGGUUGCCCCGCAACCUGAAUCUAAAGAAAACCUCACUCCGUCAGAGGUUCCCAGAAAGAACGUUGGUGACGUCUCUAUUUAUAUAAAAGCAGAGGAUCCUGGGAAAAUCCUGACCGUUGAUCCAGCUGAAGAACCAUCUGAGUCCUCAGAGAGAAUCAUGUCAGAAACUGUUGUGGGUAUUUUUGUGCAGAGUACCCUGGUUAUCAAGGAGGCUACGCCCAGCCCCUCUUUGGGAGUUGCAACCAAGUAUGUGGUUGAGUACAAUAAUGGAAACUUCCCUGACCCGACAGAGAGACCUUAUGACACCGAUGGCAGCUUAUUGGAGAACAACGGCUUUGGUUUAGAGGACGACACAGAGAACUCGAUUGGCAAUGAGAUAGACAACACUUUGUUGCGGCCCCCGAGGCCCCUGAAGGACCAGGUGGUGGAUCUGAGCAUCAAACUUAGAGGAGAAACCUAUAACGAUGCUCUGAGAGACCCAAGCAGCUUCCACUACCAGCUACUGACCCGAAGGUUCACACGCAAGAUUGAAGAGGCCUUUGAGAGGCUGCCGGGGUUUAAAGACGCACACGUCCUAGAGUUCAGGCCUCAGAAGGAUCUGAAUCGUGGUCUGGUGGUCCUGGUUCACUACACCAUCACGCUGGAGGUAGACGGAAGUGGAAUCCCCAACGACACCCUGGACUUCAUCUCUCUGCAGAACAACCUUGUGGAGAAGAGUUACCCUGGUGCUGCCGAGCAGCCCACUGUCGUCUACACCAUCACUGACUUCCGUAACUACAUCACAGAAGCGCUGCAUAAAGACGACUUCAUGACCAACGGCAGUCUGGAGACGCUGGCCGAGCCGCCGCCGCAGGAGAACGCAGAGAACUUGUUGCCUUCCGUGAAGCCAACGAGUCAACCGGCCAACACCUUCAACAGCAUGGACAACGUUUUAGCGGCAGAGAAGCCUCCGGACACUCCGAGCCAUGAGGUGGAAAUUAAUGACGUGUUCCUGAAGAAGGACGACUUCCUGUUUGACACCUUUGAUCCGUGGAAAGAUCCUCGGAGUCGCAGUGUGAGUGAGAACGACGUCUUCAUGUUUGACGAGAGGACAACUUCUCCACCGACUGAAUUCCCUGACAAGACGUUGGACCUGGAGCGACCAAAUCAAGAUAAAAAUGGACAUAUUGAAGACGAGGGAUUUCUUCUCAGUAACACUGCUGAUGCCGGUGACCACAUUUCCAGAGGAGCCCUGCCUGGAACCCCUCCUCCAUCAACGAUGUCUCAGAAGGGUGCUGAGACCCUGUUGACUGAUGGAUCUGGCUCUGGUUUCUCUGGAGAUGGUCAGGAACCUGAUCUUUGGUCAAGGCAAACAUCUGAUAGUAGCGUUCUGUACAAAGAGAGGGAUGACAAUCUGGAGGUGCUACCACCUCCUGAUCUGGAGGAAACUGAUGAGGAGGAAGAAGACCAGGAUGAGGAGUGGGUUGUUGUUGAGCUGCCAACUACUGAGAAAGUGGAUUUGGAUGCUAUGGGAGGAGAAGUAACAAAAGUUCCUCCACUGCAGACAACAACAUUUCCUGCUAUUGGGGAGUCAUUGCUAAACCGUGGGAAUGAGGAACCUUUUCAUGAAAUCGUCGUGGUCACACCACACAUUAACACUGACCCACGACACUCAACCACAACUGAAGCUCCUGUAUUCUCACCCAAAGUAGCAUUGAAUGAUGAACUGUCCAUACAAACAGUUGAAAUGUCUGGCAUCUAUGAAGACUAUACCUCAACAGAACCACACAUGGAUUUGCAACCGGUCACAGACUCACCUGAAUCUGAGACUUGGACCCGUGAGGCCCCGGUCUUUGUUGAACCAACUGAAUUGGCAGGUGAGCUUCAAGAAAGAUCUGACGUGACAGAAGUAACUACUUUAGCUGUGACUCAGCUUCCAGUCGUUACAGUUGAGUUGAUGUCAACAGAAGAUGUAGCUGAGGAAGCGGAGGCUGAAGUUUCUCAUACUGAUGCUUCCUCAACCAAAGAGUCCCCUGCUUUUGUAGUGUUUGACACAAUAACAAUCAAAGAGUCUAUCUUAAAAACAGUCACAGAGGAACCACAAGGACUGGAGGAACUCACUGACAUACCCAAACUACUGCUGCCAGAACCUGCAGGUCACAUUGAGGUUGAGAUCUUAGAGGAGCAGCACAUAGGCACCACUCAUCCCUCAUCAACAACAACAACAACAACUGCAGCACUGGUGAUUGAAUCUCUUGGCACAGACCUGGUCUUGGAUGAAGUCAUGGUUGUCACGACUGUUGCACCCAUCUUAAUUUCAUCCAAAAAUUCAGAUGACAGCAACAGCAGCAGCGCCGUGCUCUCACCUGAGAUGGACUCGCCUUUCACUCGAGUGUCUGAUUCGGCUCCCGAAGACGAGGACCUGGUUCAAAAUGAACUACCGAGUUAUGAAGAUGUUGAGGAAGUUCCAGUAAGUGCUCUGUCUCCAGCACCAUCUUCAGAAGCUUCUUCCACAGACGAACGUGUGGGCAUGACCUCGACUGAUACGUCACAAGCAGGAGAAGCUACAGAUGUUUUCCAGAUGAUUUCCUCACCACAGGACACCCCUGCUACUGAGAUACAAACUUCUGAGCAUAGCUUCUCCAAUGUGCCAACCAUCGACGUCAGCUUUGACCUGUUUCAGUACAGUGGUGUGGCAACUGCAGGCGACAGCAGUGGUUAUUCCAGUGGGGCUCAUGGGUCAGAUUUGGAUGCUAUCGUAUUACCGACCCGCCCAGGCAGAGCCCUGACUGUGUUUUUCAGUCUGAGGGUGACCAACAUGGCUUUUUCCAUGGACCUGUUCAACAAGAGUUCGCCUGAGUACAAGGCCCUGGAGCAGCGGUUCCUACAACUGCUGGUCCCGUAUCUACAGUCCAACUUGAACAACUUUAAGAACCUGGAGAUUCUGAACUUCAGGAACGGCAGCAUUGUGGUUAACAGCAGAAUGAGAUUUGGUAAACCUGUUCCCCAAGGUGUCACCAAUGUCGUCUACUUGAUCCUGGAGGACUUCGCCGAUACUGCUUACCAGACCAUGAACCUGGCCAUUGACAAAUACUCACUGGACGUAGAAUCAGGCGACGGGGCGGAUCCUUGUAAGUUCCAGGCGUGUAACGACUUCUCCAGGUGUCAAGUGAACCCGUGGUCGGGCGAGGCCGAGUGCGUGUGCGACGCGGGUCACGUGAGCGUGGACGGCCUCCCGUGUCAGAGCGUCUGCGACGUCCAGAACGACUUCUGCCUCAACGACGGCAAAUGUGACGUCAUCCCCGGCAAGGGCGCCAUCUGCAGGUGUCGAGUCGGAGAGAACUGGUGGUAUCGUGGCGAGCACUGUGAAGAGUUUGUCUCUGAGCCGCUGGUGGUCGGCAUCGCCGUGGCCUCCGUGGCUGGUUUCCUCGUGGUGGCGGGCGCCAUCGUCUUCUUCCUGUCGAGGACGCUGCGAGAGCAGUACGACGGCGAGGACUCUGAGGACCCGGUGAGACGCGGCGACAGCAAGUUCAGCCCCGCGUUAGAGAGCGAUCCAGUCGGCGUGCAGUACUACCGCCGCUAUGACGACGACCUGCCGCAGUACUACAGCCGCCGUGACCGUGACCUACCAGAGUGCGAGGACUUGAAACACGUCUACCAGAACACGACGCUGUCCACAGAGGAGGUCCAGGAGCGUCUGAGGAUCAUCCAGUUGUGUACCAGAGACCAACACUUUGCAGACUUUGUGCGACAAACACAAGUGUUCCUGGAGAGACGCAGCAGCUUCGACACAUAGAGACAGAGGACAGAAGUGAUGUCAUGACUUUGUCACUGAUUGGCUGUCCGCCUUCCCCUUUGACCUUUGAAAGGGAGGAGUCUUCUGUGUCUUCCUCCUGAACUUAACUUUGACCCUGCAGUGUGACCUAUGACCUGUAAAUCCUGGUGUGUUUUCACUGUUUCCUGUUUGUCUUAAUCUUUGAUCUGUCGCCUCAGCUGUUUCCUGUCUGUGACUCCGCCCCAUCAGUGCCUUCGCCGCUUCUUUGGGACGUGAUUGUUUUGCAGUAUUUUCCGAUCCUUUGACGUUAAAUCUGCGUCGCGACAGCGCACAUCAACAA